UCGCUCUCUCUUUCUCUGUCUUUCUGUGUGUGUGUGUUUACUCAUCUCUCCGCUCAGCGGUCAGAAGCAGAUCUAUCAGUCAUCACAGUGUUGUAAUCGAUUGUUGUGAAUCGGAUCAAUCAAAGUUAUCGGAGCGGGAUGAAGCUCCUCUGCAGCGGAUCAAUCCCGUACCCCCUGCUUCUCCUCUGCCUGCCAGUUUGCUUGGCUGCUCAUGGUCGCUAUGCUCAGAAGCUGCUGACUGACUUGUUUUCAAACUACACCAACGCUUUGCGGCCGGUUGAAGACACCGACCACAUCAUCAAUGUCACUCUUCAGAUCACUCUCUCCCAGAUCAUCGACAUGGAUGAGCGAAACCAGAUUCUGACUACGUACCUGUGGAUCCGCCAGGUGUGGAUGGAUGCCUAUCUCACCUGGAAGACGGAGGACUAUGAUGGCCUUGACACCAUCCGCAUUCCUAGUAGCUACGUGUGGAGACCUGACAUUGUUCUGUAUAACAGUGCAGACGACGAGUUUUCAAACUCCAUGGAGACCAACAUUGUUCUCCGUAACGAUGGGCAGGUGAUGUGGGACCAGCCAGCCAUUACCAAAAGUUCCUGCUCCGUGGAUGUGGCCUUCUUUCCCUUUGAUUUGCAGCAAUGCCACCUCACCUUUGGCUCCUGGACUCACAACGGCAACCAGAUGGACUUAUCCAAUGCUUUGGACAGCGCUGACCUGACCGACUUUGUUGACAAUGUGGAGUGGGAGGUUUUGGGCAUGCCAGCCAAGAAGAAUGUUAUUCUGUAUGGUUGCUGUUCGGAUCCGUAUCCGGACAUCACCUUCACCCUCCACCUGAAGAGACGUGCCUCCUUCUAUAUCUUCAACCUACUCAUCCCCUGCAUGAUGAUCUCCUUUCUGGCUCCCCUGGGUUUCUACUUGCCAGCUGACUCGGGUGAAAAAGUUUCCCUGGGUGUCACCGUGCUGCUGGCCCUCACUGUAUUUCAGCUGCUUGUGGCUGAGAGCAUGCCGCCGUCAGAGAGUGUCCCGUUAAUAGGGAAGUACUACAUUGCUACUAUGACGAUGGUCACAGCAUCAACAGCGCUCACCAUCUUCAUUAUGAACAUCCAUCACUGCGGUCCUGAGGCUCGACCUGUCCCACUGUGGGCCGAACGCUUCAUCCUCAAAUACCUUGCCCGCAUCUGUUUCGUGUACGAGGUGGGAGAAAACUGUCUUGGCAGGACUUCAUCCAAGAAACAACCUCUGUCCCAGGAGGAGUCUGAUGCCCCUUCAGCCAAUGGCAACAGCAAAGGAACAAACUGGGACUUGAAAGGGCAGGAGUUGGGGAGCAAUAUGGAGGUGAACAGGGCUGGGGAGUCUCUGAAGGCAGGGCGGGAUUUAAACAACCAAACGGACUGGAAGGAAGAUCUGUUUGUGAACAUCGACCACUCGGAUGAGGGGGGAGCUGCAGGAGGACAGACAGGAGAGAGGGAGGAGUCAGACAGCACCUGUGGAGGAGAAGGAGAGGACGUCCAGGAAAGGAAAGGUGUAGGAGGUGAAGGGGGAGGCGGAGCCAGAGGAAAAAGGAUGGAAAUCCUGGUGAAAACCCAGUGUGUGUGCCAGCACCAGGGGCUGGGCAGGAACGUUCAGUAUAUUGCCAACUCUUACCAGGACCAGCGGGCUGCGCAGCUCCGCAUUGGGGAAUGGAGGAAGAUCGCCAAGGUCAUGGACCGCUUCUUCAUGUGGCUCUUCUUCAUCAUGGUCUUCCUUAUGAGCAUCCUCAUCCUCGGGAAAGCCAUUUGAUGGAGUCAUGGUGCACAGAUUAAAGAUGCUCUUGAAUGUUUCUUGAAAGGGAAUUUAGUAUUUUAAACCCAUGGCCCUAUUUUUACAUUUUAAGUUUUGGAAUUUUGCCAAUGGAUUUCUUCUGUCUGCAGCCAUGAAACUGGCUGUAGUGGCUGCAAUAAAAUCCAAUCCAAUCCCCAAUUCUUGACUCUAUCCACUGUCCUGUCUCUCAAAUAAAGGAAUACAAAGCCCAAAAAUAAAAAUAAAAACCCAAACAAGAAAU